UUUGAGCUUGAGAUUACAAAUCACCUGUUAGAGUCUUUCUGGUAAUUGCCUCAUCCUUUUGAUUAUUGAGCCUAAGUUUUAGCAUUUUGUUUUUGAUUUCUUUGUGUGUCGAAUAUGGAUUCCUUAGAAGCUGAUGACCAACUAACGAUAUUAAAUCGUUCGACAGAAUACCGUAUUAGUAAAAAACUAAUUCGUAAAGUGCCUUAUUUUGAAAGGAUGUUGAGCCAUGAAUGCUUGGAAACAAAGGAAAACAAAGUUGAACUGGAUUUUGAUGAACAAGAUUUCAAAUCAUUUUUAAGUUGGAUUAAAUUAGAUAGUGCAAUCAUUGAUAUGGAUUACGUUAUAACUCUUUGUGACAUAAGUGAUUAUUUUGGAAUGGAUUACGAGGUGCAAAAAUUUAAUGAAUAUUUUCGCCAAAAAUUUUCAAUGGAACAUCUUCCAACUAUUAUACAUCAAGUGACUGAAACUUCCAUGUUGAUCAAUUCUCAUACUCUUAAUGCUUUCAUCUGUUGUCAUUUCUUGCGAAUAAAAAAUUCAUACGCUGCAUCGUAUUCGUUUAAGAAAUAUUUUUGGUUGGAAUAUCCUGUUGAAACAAUUGAGUACAUUUGUGCUUUGAAUUUGAUGAUUUAUUCAGAAUAUCAAGUUUUCGAGGCAAUCGAAAGAUGGGUGAAUUUCAAUGUUGAUUCUAGAAAGUGUCAUCUUGAAAGAUUGUUAAGAUUAGUUCGAUGGUGCUAUUUGGGAGAUAAAGAUUUAUUUGAAAUAAAAGAAAAUGAAUUGGUCAAAUCUUCAGGUUUCCAGCCAAGAUCUUGCUUGUCUUUCAAAGAUAAUUGUGAUUGUGUCUCUGACAGAGCUAAGCAGCAUUGCCUCAUCAUUAUUGAACAAUUGGAGGGCACAGAUUUGCGAAUUAUAGUACUUGACAGCAAAUUGGUGCUCUUGUUUAAUCGAGAUUUAAAAUUGGACCGAUCAAUAUCAUUGAAUCUGCUUCACGAUGAACAUGUUUCUAUUAUUUUCUACUAUUCUGGAAGGAAAGCAAUUCGAGUUGAUUGGAAUCGAAAUGCAUAUCGUUUCUUCAAGGAUACUGAUAUUGGACCCUAUAUAUCUGGCACCUGCGAAUUGAAUGUAAAUUACUGGUCAAAAUAUUGGCGCAGACCUCCUAGCUUCUCGCCUUUCUACAGAUACAAAAUACGUGACAAAACUGAUGCAGGGUUUUUUUAUGCCACAGGUCAUGAGGAAUCUGAGUAUUGGUUGAAUAGGGUCAUGCGAACUGCUGAUAAAAUCAUUAAUGAUUCUAGACUUCAUGAUUGGGUUAUGUAUUUUCGUCUAACUGUGCUGUCCGAUAAUAUCUUUAUUCUGACAAAUAAUCUUGCGUUUGGCAAGUUCAAUGUUCGCCAAAAACAUUUCAAGAAGAUCGAACUUCCGAAACUUAGAGAAACAAAUGAAUUAGAGUAUAAAAGUUUGUUUAUUACUUCAAGUAAAGUGCACGCUGACCGAGUUUUUUUGAUUGAUGCAUCAACGAAAAAUGUCUUUUGUUUCAAUAUUACUAAUCAAGAAUGGAGUUUUUUUGGUGGUUUGUUUAUUGAUCCUUAUCCAUCUUCUAAUUCUGGCAAAAGUUUUGGUAAUUGUCCAAUGGAAUCUGAAAAGUUGAUCACUUUGACCCAAGCUUUUUUACCGUUAGACUUGAUCUAUACUUAAUGAAACCAUAACCACUAUUGAGUUUAUUGACGAUUUUUUAACUUGAUUAAUUAAACUAAUAAAAAUUUUCAAUGUUCAUUA